AUGUAUAUGUUUGAGUUUGAAAGAGUUGGAAAGUGGUGGUAUCAAACCAAGAGAAACGAGAGAGAACAUAGCGAAAGCGAAGAAGAGAUAGAAAAGGACUAUGGCUCUGUUUCUACUGUUGAUACACUUGAAGAGACCAUUGAAAAAGUAAAAAUUAAUAAGGUAACGUUGGACUACUCUUGCUCCAAUGCUCCUGGAACUGCUCCAGAAAAAGAAAGAAAAGCUAAUGCAAGAUGUCACUGGGUUGAUUGUGGAUGUGAAAAAUUCAUCAUCAGCUUCAUCUCCACCGCAUGCAUUGAAUAA